AUGGUCGCUCAUCCCAUCCAGCAACUUCUACAGACCGUUUUCUUUUCCAUCCUUGAAGUCUUUCUCGUAUGUCUUGCGGGAUGGAUACUUGCUCGCAGAGGCAUCCUCGAUAAAAAGACCCAAAGAUCACUCAAUGUCUUGAACGUAUCACUAUUUACACCGUGCCUACUAUUUUCCAAAGUCGCGUUCUUCCUCUCGCCAGCAAAAUUAAAGGAACUAUGGAUCAUUCCUCUCUUCUUCGCUGCCGUUUCGCUUGCGUCGAUGGGCGUAGCAUGGUCUCUAGGUUGGGUAUUUGGACUGAAGAGGACACAACGAAACUUCGCAAUGGCCGCCGCAAUGUUCAUGAACUCCAACUCUCUCCCCAUCGCCCUCCUCCAAUCUCUCGUCGUCACUGUACCCGGUCUGCAAUGGGGAGAUGAUGACAGCGUAGACGCUAUGGUCGGCCGCGCGCUCACAUACCUUGUUAUGUGUAGUACGCUUGGUAUGGUCGUUCGAUGGAGUUAUGGAGUUCGUCUGCUAUCGGACGCAGAUCCAGAUGCAGUCCCAGAUCCUCUCGAAGAGACAUUGAACCAGCAGCACGAACCACUCAUCCCUUCCAUCGCGGUUCAAACACCAUCCGGUACCCUCCACCACGGAGGACUCGCUCCAGGUUCCUCUUCAAAGUCACCACAAUCAGACAACACGAUUUUCCGUUCAUUCCCUAAUACUCCGUAUCGCUCGCAGAAUGGCACGCCUGACGAAACCCCCGACGAAACUGAGGUCGAAACCGACCUUUCAGACGGCGAACUUCCACAACACAUGCCUCGCUCAUCAGCACCCUUCCCCAACAUAGGCCACGGCCGCCCACGUCUCCCUUCCUCUCGAUCGCCUUCGCCCAUCCGAACACCGUCCACGGUUCGUGCCCUCCGCAAACGCACCACUUCGGGGAUCAAGAAGGUCUGGCAUGCGAUCAACGGGUUCAUGACCGCCCCGCUGUGGGCUGCGAUUCUCUCACUCGUAGUGGCGCUGAUUCAGCCUCUACAACACGCGUUAGACGUGCAUUUGUGGCCGGUAAAGGCUGCGGUGUCGCAGGCUGGGGCUUGUUCGAUUCCGUUGACGCUGAUCGUGCUCGGGGCGUACUUCUAUAAGGCGCCUCCGCCGGAGGAAGAAGGAAGGAAGAGGAAGAAUGGGAGGAAGGUCAGGAGUGAGAGUCGCUGGAGGAGAGAAAGGAGGGGGAGGAGAGAACGACGAGAAAGAAGGGAAACAGAGAAGAUGGAGCAGAAGGGGGAGACGAAGACGGUUAUCAUAGCGAUUGUGGCGAGGAUGGUGAUCGUGCCGGCGUUGUUUUUGCCAGUCAUGGUGCUCGGGGCGUGGUUGGACCUGCCCACUGUAUUUGAAGAUCCUGUGUUUGUACUUGCACUCGUGCUGCUCGCUUCGUCGCCACCUGCUUUGACGCUCGCUCAGAUCACACAAGCAGCCUCCGGCGACGCCUUCGAGCGCCUUCUCAGUCGGACGAUCUUCUGGUCGUACUGUGUCGUGACACCUCCAGCGACAAUCGUUUACUCAGUGCUCGCCAUGGUCAUCGCGAAGCUUUGA